UCUUCUUCCAUGGUGUUCCGAUUAUUUAGCUCUCUUCUUCAACACUAAACUGUCGUCGUUACUGUAGAUUUUAUUUGGGAGUAAGUGUUUCCAAUAAUCAACGAUUAAAGAUGAUUUUUAUCGUCUGUUCAAAGUGCGAUCAGAUGAUGAGAGAAUCUAGCCUUCGUUAGAGAGAGAGAGGAAUGAGGGAGCAAGAGUCGUCCACUCACUGUGAAACCUUUUUACCCUCGAUGAGUGGAGAUUUCAAUACUUGUAGUUGGUCUGCUUAUCGCCGCGGCGGAGAUGGUGCAAAUCUGCACUAUCACAACGGCUCGAUAAGAGAUUCUUAUGCUGCUGCGGCGGAUUCAUCAUAUUCAGGAGGGUACGAGAGAGAUUUCAUGAAACAGACAAUGCUUGAGCACGAAGCUGUAUUUAAGAACCAGGUGCAUGAACUUCACCGUUUGUACAGAGUCCAGAGGAAGCUGGUGGAUGAAGUAAAGGGAAAGAACUCUAAAGAAGAGUUUAAUUUUAGUGAUUAUACGUCUGAGACUGCAAGUAAAAGGCAGCUUCCAGGGUAUGGAGAAGGGAUCAGCUCUCAAGCUUGUAACGGUCGUUUGCAAAAUGGGUUUAGUUCAAGAGACGGGAACGAGGUUGCUCCUUUGAAGGGCGGGAGAAAACUGAUUGAUCUUGAACUCCCUGCUGAUGAGUAUUUUGAUAGUGAUGAAACUGGUGAUAACCAUGAGAUUACAAUCUUCCCUCAGUUCAAACGGUCGAAAUCUGGAAGAGCGGAUGCUUCUUAUCAGAGCAAUUCUUCAGGGUCUUGCUUGGACUUGAAGAAUUCAAGUGGCUUAGCUGAUUUGAAUGAGCCACUCAGGUGGCAAGAUUCAGAACCUGUUUCUCUAUCCAGGGACAUGCAUUCUCACUAUGGGAGAAACAAUGUAGAUGUUCAUGGAAAGUGGUUGGAGAAAAAGACAAGUCAAAACGGAUGGAUGGUCCUGGAAGCAGGGCAUAGCAGAAACACACUGAGAGACCAGGUGCCGCUGCCUUCCCAUUCUGCACAAGCACUCUCUAGCAAUGGAUUUCAACCUCAGAGCUAUCCUACAACUGAUCAUAACAAGGUAGUAUUCUCCGGAGAAAGAGUAUAUCGUGAGCUGGAAGUUCGUUCAAAGAAUCCUCAAGCUUCUUAUGAUAGCUACGUGGAAUCAAGUGUGGCAUCUAACACUCCAAGGUUACACAAUGACUACCGCCCUGACUUGGUAAGACCAUGGAGCCACUGGUCUUCAUCAUGGGAGAAUCCUAGGAGCAUCUCACAUCAAAAAUCUUACCCAGUUCAAACGAAUCCCUACAUGAAUUUUGUCGCUCAUGCAAGGACAGAUUCAAGUUUUGAGAUGAGAAGUCCUGUCUCUAACGGGAUUUAUCAUGGAUUCUCUUCAGGGUCGAAGGAGGCUGCCUUAAAUUUCCAUUCAGCCGGCUUUAAACCAAAUGGUUCUGUGGGAGAGGUAGUGAAGAACCAGAGUUUGGAAAGCCUUCAAGGGCCAAAAAAGCAGGAAAGAUCAGCUGGGUUACCCUGGCUAAAACCUAAGCCACCUUACAGAAGUGAAGUAUCUAAUGGCUUCUUGGAUUUGAAUGCUUCGACAAAUCAAUCCAUUAAUGGAACUGACACAGGGGACGGCCUGAAUAGUAUUUCACCUCAGAAGAGUUUGAGAUCAUCUGCUUCAUGCUCUUAUAAUGCCAACGUGGGAAGAGUUGAAAUGAUCAAUCCACAUGGUAGAAAAAUCAUUGGGUGCCCAAUCUUUGAGAAGCCUACUAUUUUCAAGGAGGAAGUGAAUCACUUGGUUAAGCGCGACCUUGAUAUCAACUUGCCAUGCGAUGCCUCGGUUUCUGCUGACCAGCAUGGUACUAAGGCCUUUCGUGUUGGAAAGGAAGAAGGAAACAAGGCUGGCAACUUCAGACACUACAUUGAUCUUAAUUCAUGUGCUAGUGAGGAUGACGAAGAUUCUGCCUUGCAUUCCAGUCUGAGAGUGAAAACAAAAGGAAUAAUUUGUAUAGAUUUGGAAGCUCCCCCUACUCUGGAGAGUGAAGAAGAAGAUAGAGAGAGUGAGAAAUCAAAUGAAGAAACAUGGGGAUUGAUGAAAGGCCAAGACGGAAACUCCUUGGAUGAACUCAUCAAGGAAGCAGCACAAGCAAUAGUCGCCAUCUCAUUGUCUGGUCACCAACGUCUUCCCGACGAUGCAGCUUCCUCUUCAACUGAUGCGGCUGGGAAAAGUCCGCUCUCUUGGUUCGCAGACAUUAUCACUUGUCAGGGUGAUGAGUUAGAACGAAAGGCUGAUCACGAAGGAUAUUCUUCUGGGGAGAUUGAUUACUUUGAAGCCAUGACCCUUAAUUUACAUCCCACCAAGGAAGACGAGUACAUGCCAGAGCCCUUAGUCCCUGAGAAUCUGAUAUUCGAAGUGACGGGUUCAAACAGGCCAAGAAGAGGACAAGCAAGACGGGGAAGACCGAAGCGGGAUUUCCAGAGAGAUACUCUCCCUGGACUCCCUUCUCUAUCGAGGCACGAAGUCAAUGAAGAUAUCCAAUUGUUUGGUGGGCUUAUGAAAAGCAGAGAGUACACCUCUGGAGUAGCUGCUCGACGAAACUCAAAAAGAAAACGAGUGGUCACUAGCAUAAGCCAAGCUCCAGUUUGCCCGUCAAUGGCACUGCCAGUGAUAGAGACCGUAUCAGUGGUGGGACUUGAAGACAGUAAGCUGACAGGAUGGGGAAAAGCAACAAGAAGACCGAGGAGACAAAGGUGCCCUCCUGCAGGCAAUCCUGCAACAGUGAUCUUAAUAUGAUAGUUUCAGGAAAAAAUAAUCCGAAAGAAUCAAACCUUAAACAUUGUAAGAGAGUACAAUUACUAUACAGUAGAUUGAUGUUAAUUGUUGGGAGUGGUGUUGUAUAUCUUGUCUUCUGUAAGAUGGGACCAAACAUGAUCUGCUUUGUAUUAUAUAAAGCUUGGUUGGUUAUAAAACAGAGAUAUGUUCAUUGCUGUCA